ACAGUAGAAGAAGAACCGUUCGAAUCGGUUCAAACUCUCUCUCGCGCGAGUACAUUUCAUAGCAACGCUGACAGUAACAACAAAAACAGCAAUGGAGCCUCGAGAGAGGGUGGCAGUGUCUCAUCAGCUGUCAGCAAAUGAAGGUGUGAGUCAGUCUGGUGGACAAACAUCCAGAAACCAACUGGGAGCUCAGAGUCACCGCAGCGCCAGUCAAGACCAGAGGCAUACAACAGAUGGCUGGGAGCUUCGACGGCUAGGGGAGCAAUCUUUGCAGCUAGAAUUUCAGGACAGUAACCUCUCUCCAGCCCUUUCCCUCCUGCCUGCAAGUUCUCAAGUGGAGCACAACUUCACUGAAUAUUCCUUAUUUCAACAAAAUGACAAUGAAUUCGCCCCUUUAAGGGCAUACCCUGAUGUUUCCAUGGCAUCAGAGAAGUUUCACUUUCCACCCCAGGAUCACACCAUUCAAGCAUCUGAGUGUGGCUCACUGUCCCAACACCCUUUGGCCCAGGCAACCAACCUUUCUGAAGAAGGAGUGAGUAGCUGCUGCUCUCUGUCUCAGCACACUUUAUCACCAGGAAAUGAAGGCAGUGGAGAGGAAAUGGCUCAUUCCCCACUGAUCGCCACCACAGCCAGCCAGCAAAUGCCAUCCAGAGAAGAAGCAGGCAGCAGAGAAAAGGCCUCAGAGAAACUGGGCAAACUAGUAGUAGAGGCUGCUAAAGAUGAGACAUUAUUUCUGAGUAAGGAUAUUCCUGCACAGCAUCUUCUGGAGCUCCUUCAGAAAGAUGUUGGCAUGCUAAGCAGCAGCAGUAGUGCAGUUUCCUCUGCCUCAGAGACUUCUGUGAAGAGCAUUGCAUCUUUGGUUGAAGCAUCUAAAAGCAAUAUAGUUUGCAAAUCAGGCACUGACGUGGUUAAAAGAGAAGGCCCUUCAGGUGAAGCUUCUCUUCCUCAGCAGCAAACACCGCAACUUGAGCGAGUUUCAAACCCUGAACAAUCUCAGGUUUGUAACAUCACCACGGGGUCCCGCAGCACUCAACCUGAUGAUGGUAGUGAAGUAUUGCAUAAAGAGCUCCUCUCUGAGGUAGAGAGACGCAGAUACUGUGAAUCUAAAUCAAAAAACCAACAAUGUCCAACACCACCUGGUCAGUCUCUCACAGCAUAUCCCACAGAAGGCAAGUCAGGUGUGGCCGGAAUAAAUCGGGGUGGUGUGCCAUGGACAGGUCCGUUUUCAGCAGGUGUUGAACGAAUUCACAGAGAGCAAGACCUGUGGUCCUCAGGAAACCAAACAGGGAUUGAUGGAUCUUACCUGGGUUUCCUUCCCCAGUCUCAGUCUACUCCAGGGAUUUUUAAGGUCCCACCCAAAUCUGGUGUCAAGGCUAAAUUAGGGCAGCUUUCUACUGUAGAAUCCAGUAAGAGCUCAUAUCAGUCAAGCUCAGAUAUCGCUCCACAACCAGCUGUUCCAGGGAAUGAAGCCCAUCACCUAAAUCAGUGCCAAAAAGAAGCUACCUCUGUAGAAGUCCAGUCUCUACCAAGUCUCAACUAUGUGCAGAAAGUAGAUGCUUGGAGAGCAAAUCAGAGUUCAAGCAAGACCUCACUUUUGGAUAGCUUGGCGCUGCAAGGAUUUUCUGGCAUCUCUCCUAAGAAGAAAUGUUAUGAUGCAUUAUCUGACACCCCAAGUCAGCAGGUGAGCAGUUUACAGCAGCCUCCAGUUUCAAGUGGUGUCAACCAGAGUGCCACAGGGAUCUCCUCCAAAGCUCCUCCUGGCUCCUGUUCUCCAAAAAGAGGGGAGGCAGUAGGUAGUGCUCCCAGUGACAAGGACAACAUCGGCUCUGCAGCCAGACCCCUUGCUUCUCCUUUUGGCAGGUCACAGUCCUACUCCUCUCAUAGUACAGUUGUCAGGUUGAUGCAGAACGAUCAUCAGAAAGAAAAAGACACGAGUCAGACUCAGGACGGUGUCCAUCAGCAGCCUAGUGCCACAGUUCAGCCUUCGCCGCUUGUGAGCCUUGGUCAGUUCAGUGAUGUAUCACUUGACAGAGAUUCAACACUAUCAAGUUCCCAAGAUAGUUAUAAGAGUGGAAUUAAAUUAAGAACUUCCAUUGGAGCUUCCUCUGUCACCAGCCUAGAGGUUGAUAAUUAUGCACCAUACUGGACUUCAAAACUGUCAACACCACCUCCUCUGCCCAGGCCUCAAGAGCUCAACAUUGAAGAACGAAUUCCGUUGUAUCUCCAUAACCUAGGCAUUGACCAGUCUCCCUCAACAAUCCUGACUCCAUUUGUACCCAGAGGGCCUAUCAGAGAGCCUGAAUUUUCUCCAACUGAUCUCUGCACAAUUAAAGGAUCUACUGGAACGCCAACCAAGAGCACUCAACCUUCUGAAGGUGGCAGUCCCCAGAAAGGAGAGUUUUCCAGGUCCAGCAUUCUGUCACUAGACUCCAGUGUAUCCAUACCGAUCAGCCUGGACAGUCUUGGUCCAGCUGUAUCUGUCCCAGAGCAGACCAGACAAGCUUGUCCUUCAGUAGAUACACAAACUGUCCAGAGUAAACACAGACUGGCAUCCUCCUCCCAGCUUGAAGAAGACCCUUGUUUCUCCACGCUGCAGCCCAGCCAGCAACAACAGGAGGACAGUAGUUUUACCAGCAGCCACAAUGAUGUCCAGCUGGAGGAGAGGUUUGACCCCGACUUCCCGUUAGCUCGGGGGUUGAGGUGUGGGGAAAGAAACUUGGAGUCACCCCUGCAAACAAGCUGUAGUACAGAUCAAAAUGCAGAUGAUUCUGUUGUAAGCUCCAAGGCUUUGUGGGAAAUCCGCAAACUGCUCUCUCGAGCGGAGAAUCUGGUGUCUCCUCGGUCAUCUGCAGCCUCCCCUGCAGUACCCCAUCUGCUCUCUGAUGAUAACAUUUUCCUCUCACUGAGGAAGAAAGCCAGCAUGCCCCAAGACUCUUCAUUCUCCUCCUCCUCUGCUACUGGUGAUCCCAGAACUCAUUCUUCUUUGCUGUGGGCCAGGUCCUCAUCUGACUCUGUGCUGACCUCAGAGAAACCAAGACAACACUCUGUUGGUCGAGAAAGUAAGGCCUCAUGGCAACCUGGUUAUCCAUCCAUACAAGCACACGUCACUGCUUCUGCUGCAGAUACAUACAAAGGGCCACAAAAUGUUUCUGCUAGUAGAAGUGUAGGGUUAUCCCUUGUCCUCUCCAAGUCGGUCCGACGGGCAGAGCCUGAGGGCUGCAGUGCUGCACCCUCUGACAGCAAAGUCCUAACACAGCCACCAGUCAUCCAGCCUCUGCCAGCUGUGAGUGCAAAACAGUUCACCUCUGCUCCUACAGACACAGUGGAUGUCCCAGAGCAGGAAGAGAACACUAUACCUGGAGGUCCUGUACAGAAUAGCUCUUCAUCACCCAUUCUUGAGGACCCAGAUCAGGGAGCGAUGAGUGAUGGGAGCAGUGAGAGUUCACUGGCUGUCCGAGUGGCCACAUUACUGCAGAGUGACUCUUCAGCCGCAAUGGUGUCCAGUACAACUACCACCACUGACCAAGAGGAGAGCAAAGCCAGAGAGUGGAUUAAGCUGAAGACAUCAGGACAGCAGCGUGAGCCUCUAGAGUUGGACAAAGAAGACAGGAGGAGGAUUGAGGAGAUCAAGAGAGAGCUUCUGUUACAAAACCCUAUUGAGAGCCAAGGGAGCACAGAUACAGAAAGCAGUGCAACAUCCGCUGUCAGAGUCCUGGGGGGACAGGGUCCACCACAGUCGGCAGAGACACUGACCGCCCUCAGUCAUGUGAACAACCAACUGCCUCAGCCGCUGCAAGGUCUCAGCACUGACCUCUCUGACUCUAGCAUGCAGCUUCAAAACCCUCUCUGCCCUGAUAUUGAGGUUCAAGUGCGUGAAAUUGCUGCUAGAGAAGGAGUCAUCCUCCCUAGAACAAACCUUCAGGCCUUCACAUCUAUCACCAUUGCUACCCGAAGGCGCUCCUUCUCUUCUCCUUCCACGUCAUCUGCAUCUCCCCUCAGCCAUGUCUCAGAGCCGCUCAACCUGACCGAGCUCUCCACAGGAGCAGCUGAACACCCUGAAGCUAACUGGAAGCUUCCCCCUACUCUGAAUAUGCAAGAUCAUGGGACCAGAGAGCCAGCAUCUAUGUCUGUACUGAGCAGUAGUCUCCACACCAGAAACCAAAAACUCAAUUCUCAGUUAAUAUCAGAAACUGAUAAGAGGCAAAACACUGUAGGAAGUGAACCUGACGAACUUCUUCCAGCCUCAAGGGAUUUACAUGGAGAUGUGAAAGUUGAUGGUGCACAGUUAUUCAGGAAAAAUGAGUUAUUUGUCCAGGAUAGCUCUGUUUCUGGUGGUCAUAGAGCUGAAAUGGCCACAGGUUCACCUACCCCUGAAUCCCCUGGCAGUACAGGUCACAUCUCACAUGUCCAUCUCACUCUCUCCCCCAAAGCCACUAAUCAUAGCUUGGCCAUUGAUGGCCACUCCAGUCAUGCUGAAACUGUCACAGUGCAGCCACAGAAAGAAUCAGUUCCCCUCAUACGCUCAUCCUCUGCUGCCAGUAGUCUGGAUGAAGGUGUUGGUUUGUCCAGUCCACCUGAGUGGCUUGACACCAGAAAGCCAAAAAGACAGGCGGGAAGAAACGGCACAUCCACCCUGUUUAAAACUACUGUACCUCAGAGGAGAAUCACAUCCACACAAUCCUUGACACCAUGUGACAGAUUCUUUACCCCUGACUCAGCAGCAGUGCCUGUCUUGUUGCCCUAUAAACCUCACGGCAGUGAGGAGCUCUUCUAUGUCCCUCAGACAGAACCUGAUGUCUCCUCUACAUGCCCCUCGGACACGACCCUGGAGAGCUCACACACAGGCUCGGAUGACGCUGUGCCCCCACGCUUCAGCAGCGAGGUCCUCGGGCACCAGGACCCAGGAUUGGACCGUGGAGUCACCAUCAAGCACACAGAGGGCAUCUAUAGCAAGAGGUUGAAAACGGCCACCUUCAAAAUGCAGGAACCUGGAUACAGAGAUGCCUCUGUAUCAGCAGAUAAAAGCUCACAAACAAGUGAGAGCCAAGCUCUGAAGCCAUCUUCUCAGGUAUCAGUUGCCUUUACCAGAGUGCCUUUAUCGAACAACCAAGGAUCCUCCAAAAGAGACCAGGGGACCAGCCCGGUCCAGUUUCUUAGUUGUGAUCAGCCAGAGUCACGCAGUAAGGCCUUUCAGCCAGUUAAUGCAGAAAUGCAUAAUGACAGAACAAGUCAUCACCCGGACCAAAGUUCUGUCCCUCAGGUAAGACGGCAGCGAGACCAGCAGAGGGAGGACCCUGAUGUCCUUCAGCCCAGAAGCCUGGACCAGCUGUGGCAGAGGUUUUGUUAUUGGUGGAGCCUGGAAGAGUCCUGUCCAACCAGCAACAGAGAAGCAUCACUACUGGAGCGCCUAGAGCGCCUGUCUCAUCUUGUUCAUAACACAAGGCCUAUUAAUGAGUCAGAACAGCAGGAGGGGGGAAGCUGUGAUCCUUGCAGCACAAAGCAGAAGCUGGGCAGGAGGAGGCAGGAUGCUACAAGGGAAGAAAAAAGACAGUGUAGCAGAGAGGAUAGAAGGAAUUUACAUUAUGAGACUAGAGACACAAACAGGAGAGUCAGAGGAACCAGACCGGGAGAAGGUAAACCUCCCAUCCAUCGUCAGGCCUGGACACACAGGCUUCAGGCAGAGGAAGCAUCUCACCCUGCAGAGGGCAGUCAAGCCUCGUCCACCUCCAGCUUCUCUCACAGCUCCUUCCAGAGUCAGCACCUAUGGCCCGCAGACAGAGACGAGAUGGAUACCUUGUCCACCAUGUCUGGUUCCAUGUCCACUGUCGACACCGCCCGGCUGAUCCGGGCUUUCGGUGCCCACCGCGUCCAGCAUCUGAAGAGCAGCUCCAGCCUCGGUAAACUUUACAGCACCAUCAACAAGCAGAAAGAAGGGAGAGAACAGAGGAGAGGGAGGAACAAAGACUCUCCUCAAAUCACCACGCUGUCAGAGACCACUGGCACUGAUGAAACGAUUUCUGCUCAUUCUUCAGCCAGCACUUACACGCUCCCAUCACCCCGUGGCCCUUCCAGGUCUUUGGCUACCAAGAAGGCAGUUAAACUGGUUAGCAAAGGCAUCCAGGCAGGUGACCUGGAGAUUGUUAGUAACGGGACUCGACGCCACACCAGAGAUGUUGGAACCACGUUCCCCUCCCCUCGUGAGACCAGUGCUCCGAGGCAGCUCUCAUCUUCAUCCAGUGUAGAGAGAGAAAGACGAGGGCAAAGGAGCCCCUCUAAGAGUCAGGGCUUACAUAAGGGCAAGAGGAGUCCAUCAAAGCCUUACCCUCGAGGCAUUUCUUGGUUCAUCUCUGCUGACAACUCAAGAUCAGAGGCAAGGAAGGAGAACCAGCGAGAAGAAGAGUCAACAUGGAGGCUGAGCACCGCCUGGUUUGAACCGUACAGCAGAAGGCAUCUGUGGAGAGAACCGCUCAGACAGGUCCAUGAGGACAGAAACAGGCAGCCAAGUUCUAUACAUCAUGCUGCACCUGAUCCUAGAAUCAAAACGUUGUCCUCUGGUCUGGCACGUCUCUCUCUCCAGGAGGCUCUGGAGAUGAGGCGUCCAGAGUUCAUAGCUCAGUCCAGACAGAGGAUGAAGCGUCUGGCUCUGCAGGUGGAGGAGAGGAAGCUGCAGGCCGUCUUCACCAGAGAGAGAGACGAACUCUUUCACCAGCAUGAAGGACUGGGAUGGCCGCCGAAGCCUGCAGGCACUACUCUGCUCAGGAGGGCUGUUCCCAGGAAGGAGAUGAUCCAGAGAUCCAAACUGAUCUAUGAGAAUCUGCCAGAGGUGCAGAGGAGACGACAGGAGGAAAGAAGGAAAGCUGAGUAUCGCUCAUAUCGUCUGAACGCUCAGCUCUACAACAAGAGAAUCACCGGCCGUGUCCUGGGCAGAAGAUCAGUGUGGCAGUGAGAUUUUAUUGUACAGUAAAUCAGUGACAUUGAAACAUUUUUACAUAAAAUAGGAACAAAAUGAUCUAAACUGGAAGUUUUUAUUUAUGACCAAUGUUUUAGUUGUAUUUUAAAGAUAAUGCUAAAGUUGAAUUCUACCCAUAAAUAGUGGCAUCCACACUAUUGUUAUCCUGUUCUUUAUUUUUCUGAUUCCUUCCGUACAUUUUUCACCACUGAAUAAAAACCAUUCAUCCUUUGAAGAAGUCAG